UAUUUUACAUGGAUAAUUGCAACAAUUAAGUGCUAGGCUCCAUAACAUUAGCUUCUACGAAAGAUCUAGUGUAGUUCAAGACAUUUUUAGAAAUUAUGGGUCUUCUUCUAGGCACCUUUAUUUAUAUUUUAUUGGGACUUAUCGGCGUGUUCGUGGCCCCCAUCUGGUCACGCACCCAAACCGAGUUAAUACGUGUUCUUUGGAUUCUAGCAACCUUUUGUUGUUGGAUGUCCUGGGCCCUUAUUUACAUGGCGCAAAUGAAUCCACUACAGCUUCCGGUUCGUAUUAUCAAAGGUGGGUAAAUUAGUUGAAUCUUUUAGAAUGGUUACUGUAUAGAAAUGAGUAUAUAUAUAUAUAUACGUACAUAAGUGAGGUUCCAAACAUCUGGAAGGAUGAUUUCUAGGCUGAGAAUUAUUAGGUCUUUAUGUUUGUGUGCGAUAAAAACUUUCAAAUCCAAUGUUCAUCUAUAUAGUAAAUUAAUAGAGGCAACAUUUUUUCCUUUCGAAGGUUUAAUCAUUGAAUUUGCUCUACCUAUAUCGUAAUUAUUCCAUCUUCUGUCUGCCGCGGCAAAGCGUGCUUUUUUAACUUCUCGAUUAAA